ACUGCAUUUUGCGAGAAAUUUCUGGCCUGAAUCUUGGCGUUGUUGGCAGUAGAAUCGCCGAAAUCUUUGCUCGCCGCUUCCCUGGUAGAAAUCUGGUGCUUUUGUGUCUGUGCCUAGGCAGCGCAGCGAUCCAUGGGCCUACGCUUUCAUCGAGCUGGAGAGGUCGCAACGCGGUGCUGGUACUCACGAACCGCCGCCGCCGGAUGAGGCGUUGGUGCCUGAAACGAAGCUGGUGUUGCGCCAUCAUUCCAGCCGCGGUCCAAAGCUUUGCUACCUCGACAAGGCCGCGGACAUUGGUCGCUUGAGGAGCUGCGACGCAGUAGAGGGUAUCCUAAAGACGAUGAGGGAGCAGCACGAAAGCAUUCAGAGGAGGAACAACAAAGUUAAGAACUUUUCACUACACCAGUGGGACAAAGUCCAGCAGGAGCUGCAAGAAUCGAUCGUUCACUGGAAGCUGCUACAGGGACUCGCCUCGACGUUUACAUCCUUCAUCCUUCAAAAUAUACGAGCUAAUCAGGUCACUGUGCUGAUUGGUGAGACUGGCUCUGGGAAGAGCACUGGACUCAUGCAGUAUUUAUGUGAUGGUGGUUUAUCGAGCAACGGGAAGUUCCAUCGUUUGUACACAGCCUAGGAAAGUAGCAGCAUUUGCUCUUGCACGACGGGUUGCCGAAGGAUGCCGCUGAGAAGACGAAUUCCAUUGGCCUCUUGGAAUACAGGGCUCAACAAGACCUUGCCAAAAUGGUACGGAUUUACUCCUAGCAGUGCUGAAGGAAUGUUUACGCGCACUUGAGAGUCAUCGUCAUGUCAGCUACAGCCGAUGCCGAGCUUUUCGUUCUUGGAAGGAAUUUCCCGGUUGAGAUCCACU